AUGACGUCUACUACUUCACCAGAAGAUGAUUUGAAGGCACUUUUGAAAGCAAUGACAGAAACUUCAUCACUGGAAUCAAAGCAGUCAGAAACAUCAUACUGCACCAGUAAUUAUAAUCCAAGCCUAAUUGCUGUUGCUGCAUUUGGAUUGAUGAACAGCUUUAAUAUGUAUCUCAUAAAUCACAAAUGGCCAGAUGUACUUUCAGGUCUUAUAGCUUGUUUGCAAGGUUCCUUUGUUUACGAGUGGUUUAACUUGCAUGGCAUGAAAUUGACCCGUAAAGAGAGAAUUUAUUUUGACGAGAAAAAUAUUCUCGAAACAUCAAAACAAUUCGACUUCAAUCUGCCACCUAUCUCUCAUGAUUUAACCCCCGGCAACAUAACAGAAGAGAGGAAAUCAGCGCUAGCCGAACUGUUUCGAAAUGAAAAAGACGAAGAAAUGCAAAAAUGGUACCAAAUGCAUUAUGGAAAUGUUUAUGAACAUGCGAAGAAGACCGAACGAGAACGUACGGUAAUGCAAGAAGUAGCUAAGAAGCAAAAUAAAAACAAAUAA